AAUAUAUAUGGAAGAAAGAAACAUAGUGAGUGAGUGACACACUCAAUGAUGAAACUAAACCACCGCUGACACACUCACUGACGAUCGUAUUCAUAUAUUAUAUAGUAUAUAACAUCGCUUCAUAUGGGAACUGAUACAUGCACAAUUAUUUUGUUCAUUCAUCAACUAAAAUGGCAACAACAACUCAACUUGGAACUCAAGGAUUUCAGGUUUCAAAACUUGGUUUCGGAUGUAUGGGACUCAGUGGUGCGUAUAAUCAUCCUCUUCCUGAACAAGAUGUGAUAGAGAGUAGUAUUAUAUUAUUUAAGUUAAUUUAGAAUUUAUAUUAAUGUUUUUAUGUAUUGUUAUUUAGUGGGCUCUUAUUCAUAUUUGGGCUUCUUAGUUUAUUAUCCAUUAGAGGAUAUUAUAUAUGUAGUCUCUAUGAGACAUUGAGGAAUAUCAAAUGAAUGAAAAAGUUAUAUUUUCUUAGUUUAUCUUAUUUUAUCUUCUUAAUCUUUAGUUUACUCUAGUUUUGUUAGGGUUACAAUCUAGCUUCCUAACAUUGGUGCUUUCAUUCUUGAACACCAAAACCUCUCAUGGCAUACCCCUUUCACCCCACCAUAAACACCUCUCCUAUCACACCUUCAUUUCCAUCUUUUCCAUGGGAACUUUUUACACCUUAUUACACUCAUGCAUCUUCAUCACCAAAAUUAUAUUUAAAUCACGGAUAUUCACCACAUCCAUUUUCUAACCCAUAUUUACCUCAUUCACAUACCCUCCACGAGAACUACAACCACAUCAAUACCCAUACCCUUCAACAUCAAGUAUAUGGCUAUUCCACACCUUUCUACCACCAACUUAUUUCCACCCCUGUCAUUCCUUCUUACCAACACACAACACACACAGCAGAAGAUUUUCAAGAAGAUUUUCUGAAAUUAUCUCAGGCAGAAGCAAAAUACAAAGUUAUUGAUGAGCAAAUUAGAUCCUCAAGACUCUCUUUCAAAGAAAGAUCUCAAAAUCUUUCUUAUUCAUUCAAAAAGUCACAACAAAAAAUGAAAGAAAAGUAUACAUUCGAAAGAACGGUUGAAGAGGCGGAAGAAAAAGAAGAAAUCGAAGGAGUUUAUGAUAGACGAAUAUUAUCUCCGACGUUACUUCCGAAAACAACUCCGGCAAAUUUUCCGGCGUCACUUCCGGUGAUAUCUCUGACGAAGACAUCUUCAAUGAUUCAAAAAUCACCUCCAACCGGAACACCGACGCCUGUUCUAUCAUCUUCUCCGGUAAAAUUUUGGUUGUCUCCUCAGACGAAAACAGGUUUAUCUUCAGAAAAGAUAACAGAUUCACCAUCAAAAACAGAUUUGUCACCAGAAAAUACAAUACCAUCAUUUACAAAAACAGCUUCAUCACCGUCAGAAAAGAGAGCCCCAUUGCUGUCAAAAAUAACAUCAUCAACUUUGUCUUCUCUGAUGAAACUUUCUACAGGCUCUUCAACAACAAUUUCGGCGACGCUUGCGACUCCUUGCUCACCACAACCGAAACCCACUGUUUGGUUUUUCAUCACUUUCUCUUUUCAAUCUAUUAAUAUUUAUGAUAAAUUUACUUUUCCCUUUGAUCCCGGUGGAAUAUAUACUAUCACAAGGAAUGAAAUUUUUAACAGUUUUUCUAUCUUUGAAAAAAAAAUCAUUGGAAAAAAAAUGGAAGAAAGAAGAAAAAAAAAAGAGAAAAAAAAAAGGAGAAACAAAAAGAAGAUGAUGAUGUAGAAGGAAACGUAAGAAGAAGAAAAAAAGAAGAAAGAGAAAAGAAAUGAAAAAAAAUGAAAGAAAAAAUUUGAACAUUGCUCUCUGUCUCUAUCGUGUGCCAGCUGUAAUCCUCUAUGAGGUUAUCUAAUGUGUAGUGCAGCAUAUUUGGUGGAGUAGUGGAGUUAUGGUAUUAACUACACAUGAAUAGUGCAAACUGGCAAAUUUUUUUCCUGGUCUAAAACCACUCUACAAGUUGCUUGCAUCAUCUACAAUGAGAAUUUAAUUUAAUUUCUUUAGUUUGUCUAAUUUUAAUUUUAGAACCUUGAGGACAAGGUUCAAGUGAACCCGUCGGCAAUGAUAGAGAGUAGUAUUAUAUUAUUUAAGUUAAUUUAGAAUUUAUAUUAAUGUUUUUAUGUAUUGUUAUUUAGUGGGCUCUUAUUCAUAUUUGGGCUUCUUAGUUUAUUAUCCAUUAGAGGAUAUUAUAUAUGUAGUCUCUAUGAGACAUUGAGGAAUAUCAAAUGAAUGAAAAAGUUAUAUUUUCUUAGUUUAUCUUAUUUUAUCUUCUUAAUCUUUAGUUUACUCUAGUUUUGUUAGGGUUACAAUCUAGCUUCCUAACAAGAUGCUAUUUCUGUUAUUCACUAUGCAUUCAGCCAAGGAAUCACUUUUUUUGAUACUUCUGAUCUUUAUAGAGUCCAUGGUUCCAAUGAAAUUUUUGUUGGAAAGGCUUUGAAGGAAUUACCCAGAGAAAAGAUCCAGUUAGCCACAAAUUUUGGUAUAUCUAAAGAAGAUGGACCUGGCUUCAGCAGUGUGAGCAUCAAGGGUUCGGCGGAGUAUGUGCGCUCGUCCUGCAAAGCUAGCUUGAAACAUCUUGGUGUUGAAUACAUUGAUCUUUAUUAUCAACACCGAGUUGAUACAUCUGUGCCUAUUGAGGAUACAGUUAAUGAUUUCUUCCUAUGCUGAUAUUAUCUGACUUAUUUUGCUAGAUUCAUUUUUUGUUAACAAGUUUGUUGUGUUAUAGGUAGGUGAACUUAAGAAACUGGUGGAAGAGGGAAAAGUGAGGUACAUUGGGCUAUCUGAAGCUAGCCCAGAUACGAUAAGGAGAGCACACGCCGUUCAUCCCAUCACAGCUGUACAAAUAGAGUGGUC